AGCCGGACCCGGAGCCGCGCCCGGUUCGUGCGGGGGGAGCCCGCGGGGUUCCAUGUCCGUCGAGUGGUUGCGGCGGCUGCGGCGGGGCGGCCCCGCGGAACAACGGCCCGGAGGUGCCCAGGAGUCGGUACCGCGCUCCCCGCAGCCCAACCCGCCGCUGUACCGCCGGCCCAAGUUCCUUCGGGGCGGAGAGGAGAGUCCGAGGGGCGGCAGGGCCGUGCGGGGCACCGGGCCGGAGCGGCCGCUGCCGUGGAGUUCGGGUUAUGCCGAGGUUAUCAAUGCUGAGAAGUCAGAGUUCAAUGAGGACCAGGCGGCGUGCUGCCAGAUCUCUGUGCGCAGGAGGGAGCCAGGACUGGAGGAAGACCAGGAGUGGCUGAUCCUGUGCUCCACGCAGUUUUUGACUGGUUACUACUGGGCACUCUUCGAUGGCCACGGUGGCCCAGAAGCUGCCAUCAUUGCUUCCAACUACCUGCACUACUGCAUCAAGCAGAAGCUGGAGGAGGUCGUGGGGGCCAUCACAGAGGCCCAUCCCCCCAUGCACUUGAGCGGGCGCUGUGUUUGUGACAGUGACCCCCAGUUCGUGGAGGAGAAGCACGUCCACGCAGAAGAUGUGGUGGUGGGAGCCCUGGAAAACGCCUUCCAGGAAUGUGACGAAGUCAUUGGCCAGGAGAUGGAAGCCACCAACCAGACAGGAGGCUGCACUGCUCUGGCUACUCUUUAUUUCCAGGGAAAGCUGUAUGUGGCAAACGCUGGGGACAGCAGGGCCAUUCUUGUUCUGAAGGACACCAUAGUGCCCAUGAGCUCUGAGUUCACACCUGAGACAGAGAGGCAGCGACUCCAGCACUUGGCUUUUCUCUUCCCCAAACUCCUGGACGGAGAGUUCACACGCUUCGAGUUUCCACGGAGGCUGAAAGGAGAUGAUGUGGGCCAGAAAGUGCUGUACAGGGAUUACUUCAUGGAGGGCUGGGGAUACAAGCUGGUGGAGAAAGCUGACCUCAAGUACCCUCUUGUCCAUGGUCACGGGAAGCAGGCUCGUUUGCUGGGGACUCUGUCUGUCUCUCGAGGUUUAGGGGAUCAUCAACUCAAAGUCAUCGACACCAACAUUGAAGUCAAACCUUUCCUCUCCUGCAUUCCAAAGGUGAACGUAUUUGACUUUGCUCUGAAUGACGUUAAGGAAAAUGAUGUCCUCAUCAUGGCAACUGACGGCCUUUGGGAUGUUUUGUGCAAUGAAGAGGUGGCCCACAUGGCCAGGAGCUUCCUUGCAGAAAACAGGACCAAUCCCCACAGAUUUUCAGAGCUGGCCAAGAGUUUGGUGUGCAGAGCAAGGGGAAAGAAGAGAGGCCACCAGUGGAUGCUGGAUGAGAGCCAGGAGGCGUCCUAUGAUGACAUUUCUGUGUUCGUCAUCCCAUUGCACAACAGGAGUGAGGACUGUUAGCACGACAGGCAGCAUCUCAGUGCUCUCCUGCUGCGGUGCUUUAGGAAAGGCACAGGACUGAGGGAUUUCUGCCAGGCAUGUACCCUCCUCCAGCAACACCACCUGAUGUGGAACCUGAGUACACAGAGCCAGCACUUAAGAGGAUCAACAGUGUGCAAAGAGAACAACGGCAACAAAUCAUUCCUCUAACUGCAUUUGCUUUGCUGUGCCAAUGGGAAACUGCAGAAGCGGCCACAGGAGCCAAAGAUCACUGCUGAUGAUUUAAGGAUAGUGAGCCUCAAAUCCACGUCUCUAGUGACCCUUCUUCCUUUUUAAUAUCAAAGAAUGAAGGAAGAUGAAGUGAGGUCUGUCUGAUCUCAAGAACUGGCUUUUAGUCAGCCUCAAACUGAGCAUAUAAGCUACAGGUGCCCCUUGUAUACAUUCGCUUCAUCAGCUGAAAAACUGGGAACUGCUGCUAGGACAGCGUUAUGGACAUUGGUGACCCACACCUCUUCCAGGUGAGAACGUUCCAGUUGUAGGCAGCACCACCUCAAAAUUGCUUCUGGCAGCAAUGGCACAAUGGGAGGAUCUUGCAGGUCCUUUCCAACCUUGUGUUUCCAUCUGUUACCAGAUGGAGUAAGAUACAUUACUUAAGAGCAUUUCUGCUACAUGUGAUGUCCUUAUCAUACAGAUGCCUAACAAAUUUUAGCUCAUUACCACUUUGCGGGUCACUCCUACUGCUGGCAGUGAGGCUGGUUUUGUAGCAGUGCUGAUGAGAGCUGAAAUGUGUGAGCAAAUUAAGGCAGCUGAUUUCCUAGAAGAGCUCCAAGCAGAACAGAACCGGUUGUUCCCAUUUAGCUGGGGUGCUGAUGCACAAACGGUACGUUCAUUGCAA